GCGCGAGGCGGCGCGCGCCAAACUCCGCUCCAAAGCGUCCACGUCGAGCUUUUCCUGCGUUUUUCUACACGCACACGAUUCAAUAUCAGAUUCUGUGGCAUUUUUACAAGAUUUAACGCACAUGUCUUCAAUUCGGCAUCAAUAUAUAGAACUCACUGGUUAAACAUUACGCGCUAUUUCAACCAUUUGACUUGUGUUAACUUACAGUUUGCGAAAAAAUGUCUAUAGAGAUUCAUAUUUUUAAAGCGUAAUGUUUGCAGCUAUACGACACGAUGAACUGAGUCGUAAUUGCCAUUAAAUGUGCCUUAAAUCCCCAGAAUGUGCGUUUACGCACAGAUGCGUGAAUUGCCUGGACGUUAUUUAGCGUCAUUUUUGGGACUUGGCUUCCACCGUGUGGACGCAGCGCUAACAGCAGCCGACCGGGACCAGCUGGUGAUGGAGCUCAGGGCCACAGGCUGGAUGGAGGUGGAGGACCGUGACGCCAUCUUCAAAGAGCUGCACUUCAAGACCUUUAAUCAGGCGUUUGGCUUCAUGUCACGCGUGGCUCUGCAGGCAGAGAAGAUGAAUCAUCACCCGGAAUGGUUCAAUGUUUAUAAUAAGGUCCAGAUCACACUGACGACGCACGACUGCGGAGGCCUCUCAAGGCGAGACGUCAAACUGGCCAAGUUUAUCGACAAAAUCUCAGUUUCCAUGUGAAACGUGUGAUUUCUGUUCAGUUUAAAACCAUGUUUUCUGUAAAAUAAAAGCUUUCUAUUCGC